CGGGCGGCAGCGGCGCCGGGUGUCUCACCCGUGUGCUGUGCGGAGCAGUGUGUGACUCUGUAGCGGAUCCCGGGGCAGAGCAUUGUGUGUGUAUACAGCAUGUAGAAGUUCCCAGUGCAGAGCAUUGUGUGGCUGGAAGGCGUGCCAGAAUCAUGGGGUGCCUCGGCUCGGCGGAGGUGCGCCAGCUGCUUCACAACAAGUUCGUGGUCAUCAUGGGAGACUCCAUUCAGAGGUCUGUGUACAAAGACCUGGUGAAGCUGCUGCAGACUGACCAGUAUCUGUCCGAGAAGCAGCUGAAGAAGAAGGGGGAAUUUUCAUUUGAGAAUGAUACGUUGGUGGAGGGAGGUCUGCUGAAUGAGAUGCACAACGGCACAACGUUCCGGGAAGUGCGUCAGUACCGCACCGGCUUCCAUCUUGUGCGCUUCUACUUCCUGACCCGCGCCUACUCUACCUACCUGGAGAGCGUGCUGGCAGAUUUCCAGAGCGGGCCCCAACCGGACGUGCUUAUCAUUAGCUCCUGCAUCUGGGAUGUGAGGAGGUACGGAGACACACGCUUGGAAGCUUACAAAACCAACCUGUACAAUCUGUUCCACCGACUGACACAAGUGCUGAGGCCUGAGUGCCUCGUUAUAUGGAACAUGACCAUGCCUGUGGGGUUCAAAGCUGAAGAAAUGCCAGAGAACACCACAAUUAACGUGCGAGGGGACGUUAUGGCGGGGAACUUCUACAGCGCCACUCUGGCAGACUUCUACAAGAUGGACGUGCUGGACAUGCAUUAUCACUUCCGCUUCGACCUACGUUCCAGAUGCGGCGACGCCACCCACUGGAACCAGCUGGCACAUCGGAAGUACUCCCAGAUCCUACUGACACACAUCGCCCAGGCUUGGGGUGUGGAGGUUCCGGAGAGUAAUCGGGCAGAAGGUGGGCCAUACAUUCCUGGACACAUAGGAUUGGAUGGGGAUAACUUUGCAGCUGAAAUGUUCCUUCCUGAAUAUUUUAAUUUUGAAAAUGAUAACAUUCAAGCAAAUGGUCACAACAUUGCUGCUGUUCCCCAUCCCAGAAAACAUCACUGUCCCCCCAUACAGCCCAGUGACCAGGAGAGAGAUCGCUCCCACAAUGGAGCGCCGUACAUUCCUGGAUACGCAGGAUUUGAUGGGGGUAACGUUGCAGCUGGUCAGAACAUUGCUGCUGUUCCUCAUCCCAGAAACCAUCACUGUCCCCCCAUACAGCCCAGCGACCAGGAGAGACAGCGCUCCCGCAAUGGAGCGCCGUACAUUCCUGGAUACAUAGGAUUGGAUGCAGAGAACUUUGCAGCUGAGAGGUUCCUUCCCGGGUAUUUCAGUUUUGAAAACAAUUACGUUCAAGGAAAUGCUGCCCCGUCCUUUGUGGAUGAUAGUCCGGUGUUGGUCAGAAACGUAACUCCGGGGUACUGCAGUGCUGGCGGGAAUAGAACAGCAGUCUCAGUUCCCAUAUAUAAGAACUACCCGUUCUCCGGAAUGGGAAUGCUUCCCCAGCGCCAUGGCGUUCUCCCGGAUCGCGUUCCGCUGGAGCCCUGGAAUGGUCAUCACAGGCUCAAAAUGAAGAGACCGUCGAGACAGCAGGAGGAGCGGUCUCACCCGUUUUACCAGCCUCCGUCUUUUCCACACAGAAUACUCUGACUGCUGGGUACCGGGAGGGGGCGGCCUGGUCCAUCUCCUCGUUGACGCUUCCUAGCGAUGGCACUUUUUUCUAUUUUUCUAUUUGCACUUUCUCACUAGUUAUAGUAGUUUCCUUUUUUUAUUUGUGUUGUGUGUGUGUGUUUUUGUACUGUCCGGGUCGCUGGAUGAAGGGUCCGUCACGUUUUCAUUGGCUCCUUUGUGGCUGUAAUUGGUACCCAUUCCUGGAGAACCCAGUAUUAUGAAUGUAUGACUUAAUGUGAAUGGGAGCCACUUUAGGCCACGUUUGUUAUGGGCUACGGGCCUGACCUCUGCCCUCCACCAUUUUGCUGCUAAUUUUGUUAAAUAUCUCUUUAUUGUCUGUGGAUAAUGUUACUUUAAAGUGUUAAAAAUUUUGAUGCACUUUCAUAUUUCUGCAAGGUUAAUAUUGAUUGGGCAAAAUAAACUUCUGUCAUUUGUGAACUUUA